AACCCAAGGAGGGCCAGAAGUUGGCUAGAAGUUGUGAAUACCAAGGAACAGGAAGUUAAGGUGUUCCAGGAACUUCAGCUUCCUCAUGCGUGAAGAACGAAGAGUAUCCGACAACUAGAGUAUUGGAAGAGGCUGGAAAAGAAGGCAGACACAAGGCUUCGCUCCCUGAGUUGCUUGGGACCCCUCUUCAGGGUUGUCUCCAGCAGGAAGGCUGGUGGGAACUCAAGGACAGAAGCAGAGGUAACGAGUCAGCUGGUUCUGCAUUUGUCAUCGUUCGCUGUUCCUUCUUUGGAGGGGAGUUAUUUUCCCUGAGCUGAUGAUUGGACAUCUCUGAACAUGUGGAAUGACCAGAGCACACUGUACCACACAAGAAAAUAUUUGGCUCCAGGUUCCAGUAGUACAGGGUGGACACCCUGGGCCUAUGGGGCCUCCUUCUAUCCCCGCAUCAUUCCGGCCAGAAGAUGAGCUCGAGCACCUGACCAAGAAGAUGCUGUAUGACAUGGAAAAUCCCCCUGCUGAUGACUACUUUGGCCGCUGUGCUCGCUGUGGGGAAAACGUAGUUGGGGAAGGAACAGGAUGCACCGCCAUGGAUCAGGUCUUCCAUGUGAAUUGCUUCACCUGCAUCGUCUGUAACAACAAACUCCGAGGACAACCUUUCUAUGCCGUGGAGAAGAAGGCGUACUGUGAGCCCUGCUACAUUAAUACUCUGGAGCAGUGCAAUGUGUGUUCCAAGCCCAUCAUGGAGCGGAUCCUCCGUGCCACCGGCAAGGCCUACCAUCCUCACUGCUUCACCUGCGUGAUGUGCCGCCGCAGUCUGGAUGGCAUCCCCUUCACCGUGGAUGCUUGUGGCCUCAUCCAUUGCAUCGAGGACUUCCACAAGAAAUUUGCCCCGCGCUGUUCUGUGUGCAAGGAGCCUAUCAUGCCUGCCCCAGGCCAGGAGGAGACCGUCCGCAUCGUGGCUCUGGAUCGUGAUUUCCAUGUGCACUGCUACCGCUGUGAGGAUUGUGGUGGUCUUCUGUCUGAAGGAGACAACCAAGGCUGCUACCCCUUGGAUGGACACAUCCUCUGCAAGACCUGCAACUCAGCCCGCAUCAGGGUGUUGACCGCCAAGGCAAGCACUGACCUGUAGAGUCAGUUACCUGCCUGUCAGCUGAGUGUGUUACUGAGAAGAAUGAAACACAAGAAAAAGAUAAGAGAAGAAAUAGAAAAAUAGAGGCAAAGCUCUCAGUCUCUGAGAUGGUCUCUGUUCUUCAUCUGCUGUUAACCUUUUCUUUAGAAGCACAUACAUGACAAGAUUGGUUUAAGUUCCUACCAAAUACACAUUUCACAUUUAAUCAUGUAGGGCCUUGAUGAGCCUUUGUUGCAAAGACUUCCACAUUUUUGCACAGAUUAUGCUCCAUCCCAUUCACUUCUGCAUUCCUGUAACUUUUAAUCCCUGUGUUUGUCUCACUUUUCAUCUGGUUGAAUAGAUUUUUAGUGUGGUAUUUGCUGUCACAUGAUUUUUCCUGGGUGAAUGUGCCAGCCUGCAGGUGCUGUUAGCUUGACAUCUCAUCCUGUCACUUUCGCUCUGGCUGUGCCUACAGAAGUUAGUCGUUCUGUUACCAGGUAUUAAACUACACCACUCAUGUCUCCUGGUAAAAAUAAAAGUGAGAAGGGGUAUGUGCACAUUUUUUUUUCUGUAGGCUAUAAAGGAUUAUUUGAAAAAAAAUACAUAAAUUAGCAGGAGCCCAAAUUUAGCUUGCAAUUAUCCAAAUUCAAAAUCUGUAGUGCCCAGUGGUCAAGGCUCAUUUGAAAAUGUUUUUUGGCCAAUAGCUAAAAUGUGGUGAAAGAACCAAGUUUUACUACUGAGCUAAAGAAACCAAGAGGGAAAUGCUAACCAAAGGGUUGCUAUGUGUAUUUGAAAAGCCCAUUAUGUUUCAACAAUUCUACCUUGAGAUUUUCCUCUCCACACUAUUUGGACAUAAGACAGACAGACUUGCUUUUGGCACAUUUCCAAUUCUGUCUGACAUCUUAGAAAUACCAUGAAUUUUCCCCUAAUACACAAGCAUGGUUACCACAAUUAACAUUUAUCUACAGAAAGAUAUGUAUUAAAAGGAAUCAAAUUCUUGUCUUUCUUUUUAUAAUGACCCAAAUCUAUUUUUUUCCUGAAAAUUGCAAAUUGGGACACACAAAAUGAAGUUAUGUAACCGUGUCUCGUCUUCUUUAAAAAAGAAAGAAAAGCUGCAAAAGAUUGUGAAACCACAGUUUGAUUGUUCUUAUAAUCCUUUUCCAACUCAAGUACAUAUUGCAGGAGACAUUUUCCUAUCUUCAAUGUGACAUUUACACCACACUUUCAAAGACAAUCACUGAAAACAAAAUUGUCUUUCUGAGCUAAAAAUAUGCAGAAUGGCUGCCUAGAAUCUUUAUGCGAACUCUUAUUAGCCAGUGAAAUGCUUGCUUGCCAACUGGAGCCGGUUUGCUUCCUUGAGAGGAGACACCUCGCUUAGCAAUUGCAGCUGGCCAUUAUGUGAACUCAGUGUUCAGUAUGUCGGGAUGAGAUUUCCCAAACCUUUCUUUAAAUCUUCUACAAAUAUAUACUUUUAAAUUAUAGAAUACUUUAAAUAUACAGAAGGGUAUAAAUAAUAAUAUAAUGAAUCCCUCUGUAGCUAACACCCUGUCCUAGAAAUAUAGUCACCUUAAAUCCCACACAUACCUUUUGAUUUCUCUUAUGUGGGACUGGGAGUUGAACUAGGGCCUCGUGCUUGGCAAGCACGCUGCCAUUCCUGCAUCCCCAGCCUGACUAUGUCUUUUUUUGUUGUUGUUUUUUUUAAUCUUCAUGACAUGAUGAUCUUCUAGUCUGACAGUUUUAAUUUUAACAUUUAGAACAAAUUUUUUAAAAAUUACUUGUGUAUGUUUAAAAUUUCAUCCUAUGCCUCAGGAAUUCCAUAAAGUUUAUUUUACUUGAAUAGAAGUCAUCAUAAAAGUGAUUAAAAGAAACUCUUAAAGCCUUUGUCACUCAGCUCGCCUGAGUGUAUCUGUGGCUUAUUUACUUUCCUUGCUAAGCAAUUUGCAUGUUAGACUCCCCAAAGCUAUGGAUUUCAGGGGCUUCCUCUACUGCCUGUUCUUACCUGCUUCCCUCCUCUUGAGACUCAUGGAGGGCAGCUUGUAGAUUUCAGGAUAUGGUGGUAGCUGUAUCCCUGAAUUCCUGUUUUCCAAAUCAAAGACUCGGCUGUGCCAGUGACCUCGGAGAACACUGGCUUGUCACACAGUCAAGGUAGCAAUACAGUCUGCUUGAAGUGCCUAAAAUGCUCACUGGGAAAUAUUUCAGGAAAUUGUCUUUAUGCCAAAAAUAGAGUCCAGUUUAAUGAGGGCAGGAAUUAUGUCUAGAAAUGCAGUAAUAUUGCUAUAAAUUCAGGCAACAGAGGAAGAAUGUAUGUAAUAUUUAUAAUAUAGAGCAAUAACAUCCUUCUUGUUUGUUACAUUUAACUACUUAUGUAACCAGAUGUUUACAUGCAAGAGUUAUAGGAAAAUGCUACCGCAGUUUCUUCCCUGAGGUUUUACGGGCAGAGCUCUGCCUGCUGACAACCUUCCCAGUGCUUUCUCAUCAAGUAACCUCAGAGUAUCUUUACCAAAGAUUUUUAAAGUGAAUUUCUUUUUAAUAUAGACUUAUACUUUUAUAAUAACGAAUGUGCACAUAUACAUAUACAGAAAUAUUUAGAAUUAGAUGUUUUUCUUUCACAAGGUCUAAUAAGUAUAAAGGAUCCUACCACUUUAUUCAUCAAUUUCUUUAAUAUGUGAUUUGCAUUGCUUUCUUGUUUUCUCCUACUACACAUUUGAUUUAAACAAUACCACGCCACUCUAUUCUUUACUCUUUUAGCUGUAUAAGGUUUUGCCUACUGUAGAGAUAUAAAGAUCAUAUUAAUGAUUAUACACAUUGUCUUUUGAUAUAUUGUCUUACUAUCAUUUAAAUACAUAAAUAGAAAAAAAACUAUAAGUCUGUAACAGAAAACUUGUAAAAUUCUAUCUGAAUUGUUUAAAUAUCAAGAGCACAAACAUUUAGUUAUUCUGUGUAAAGUGAAAUACAUAGGAAUGGGAAAAAAAACCCACUGUCAUGGGCUCUGCAGAGAACAUUUCAAAAUAAGAUUUCCUCUCUAUUUCUAUAGUGGUGGGGAUGGAUCGCCGAGCUUUGCAUAAAAUAGACAAGUGCUCUACCAUAGCUAAACCUCCCAUCCAGAAAAAGAUUUUGUAGCUGUUUAGUUUCCCAUCUCAGACUGGCUCAGUCUGGAGAUGGGCAAACCAAAUUGCCUUCAAAACUCAAAAAUAUGUCCUAGGUCAAGGCCUCCACAUUAAUGAAAUAUUGUCAUCUCUGCAGCUCAAAGAUGUGGGUUUUUUUCUGUCACUAGCAUCUUGGUGUCCCUAUUACAAUGACUUCUCUGAUGAAAAUGAUGACCUGGGUUAUAUGCUCAUUAAUGAAAUGAACUUAAAAACACUAAUUGUUUUCUAUGAAAAGUCUGCAAAUGUGUCUAUGGUGAGCUUGUAAGAGACAUGGACCUAUAUGACGAUGAACAGCUCUUUUGUAUUUGGCUCUGGGGAAAGGAGAACACGCUCUUUGUGCAGCUGCAGCAGAGCACUGAUAGACCACAGACAGGACUCUGCAAACACAACUGCCAGCCAUCUUCCUACUUACUACAAAUCCUAUUAAUGUGAACCAGUCAGGAAUAACAGUGUUAUUUCUAUUUGAUAUGGUUUGGGCUUCUCCUGUCAGCUCUGUGUCGGUUGCCCCCUGAUCCUUCCAUUAUCAAGUUUUGAAGGGUGUUGGGAAAAUUAUGGCAGCUGCUAGGGAGAUCAGGGAAACACUGAUGCCACCUCCCAGCCUUUCACCAUCCCUCUUGGCUUGGAAAGGCAUUUUUUUUAUAUACAUCUCUAGAAAUAUUGCCAUUCUACCUUAGUGUUUCACAUUUGUAGUUUAAACAAGUGAUUGUCCAUCUGUUGCCUAAAGCUACAGUACAUGUGUGUUAUGAAUGAAAUAUGACAGCAUGUUCCAUACCCCUGCUUCAGCCAUCUGUAGACAACCAGCAACCGAAAAAGAUACCUCUGCAAAAUGUGCCUUGAGUCCAUGUCCUGGGAUGGCUCUUCUGGUGCACUUUCAUCAGAGACAAUCAAAAGCAAUCUAUAAUUGUGCCUUAUUUUUAAAUAAUCUGUUUACACUACUAUGACUAUUGUUCAGUAAUAGAAAUACUAAACCCCAGAUCUGAGAGAGAGAGAGAGAGAGAGAGAGAGAGAGAGAGAGAGAGAAUGCUGCAGCACUCUUAAUGUAUUAUUUCUUCAGUUUGGAAGGACCUCAUAGUUGUCUAUGAGAGCAUGCACAUAGCUGAGAUCACAUGUUAGGUGUUAUAAGGACUCAUGAUUUAAUCUUCCUCUUGCUUUACUCAGAUAAUAAAGACAGCCACUUGAGCCAGUAACACCCAUUCAGCACACACAUUUUUAAAUUGUAUUAUUUGUUUGAAUUAAUAAGGGCCAGUCUUGAUUAUUGAGCAAGUUAUGAUUGUGCUACAGCCACGAAUAGUAUUUCAGGACAAGUUAUUUAACUGACUGAUAAUUGGGAUAAAACUGCUUGUGGUGCUGUAUGUGUGGUUAGCAUAGCUUUGUUUCAGACCUUUUACAAUUAACCUGGUCAAAGUAACUGUGAUUUAAUGCAAGUGUUUAGCCCCUUGCUUUCUCCUCUCCUUGCCUUUUCCACCUCCUUCCCUCUAUUUAUUCCUUCUUUCCAUUGUACCUAAUAACGCUGUCCUAGUUGGCCCAUCUCAUAAGUCCAGUUAGGAUACAAUAACAUUAUGAUCACAUUAAAGGAGAGAGACUAUCAGAAUAUAUACUUAACAUCCAGAAAAAUCUGGUUUUAUGGGGGCAUAUUCUUUAGGUUGUGUUUAUUCCUAGAGGGAGAUGUAGUCUUGAGCUGUAUUUUAAUGAGUCCUUGUUGGGGACUUUGGUAGUAAAGUCCUUCCUUUAAAAGGGAUCUAGUUUUCUCACCUAUGCAUAUGAAAAGUGAUCUUUUCAAAGUUAGACUGGGAUUUGUUUUUAACUCAAAAAUGUUUUGACCACAAAAUACUAAUAUUUUAGUGAUAGGACAUCAUUUUGUCCCAUUGAAAUUAACUUGAUAAUUUUCCUUGUGGCAAGGGAACACUAUUAAAUUUUCCAACUUUAAAUGUUGCAGCACUUAGCCCAUGGUCCAUAUUAAAUGAUAAUAAUUGACUCGGUAUUUGCAAGGGGUAGUUUAAUGCUAGGAAUUUUCUUAGAAUAUAGAUUACUUUGCAGGCAUAUUUUCCCCUAGCACAGAGGAGAAAGAUACUAAUUUGCUUUUCUGUUUUAAUUUUUCCUUCCUUAUGCAAAGAUUUUAGACAGUAUUUUAGCUAGCCAACAUGCAUAUGACUAAUUGUGGAGAGCUAUGUCCAUUUUUGUUCAUCUGAUUGGAAAAAAAAUGCUCAAAUCUUUGCUGUUUGCUUUUGAUUGGUAUUUGUUUUAUAGUGCUGUCUGAGCAAGAUGAUAAGUAUCUCUGCUUCUAGCAUUUAUUAAAAAUUAGCAUACUCAAAUCCUUUUGUAAUAUUUAGAAUGAAUGGCUAAGUUAAGUUUCCAAGAUGCCCAUCUACUUAGAGGCAAAAUAAAACUUCACUUAUCUAACUCUGACAGUCAUCUACCGGGCUCUAAUAGCAUAGUGUUUAAAUAGCCCCGGUUACACUUAUCUCUGAACUAACCUUUGAACAUAACUUCUAAACUCAGUUCUCAAUCUGAGAAGCCAAAUGUUCUGCAAAGAAUGCAGAUGUCACCAUGUCACCUCAUGCUCUACCCCAGUGCUGAGUGUCUUGUUGAACAUGAACAUUGUCGGGUGCUGGGCCUGGGUGAACAGUAUUAACGGCUCUUAUAAAGAUCUGCGUUCUCUUGUUUUUGUGACUUGUGGACAUAACGUUUAUUACUGGAGAUGGCCAGGGUGGAAUAUUAUUCAAAGCAACCCAACCUAGCUGGAAAAUUACAUAAAACCAUUCUAGAUUUUAGACUCUCCACCUCUGUGAAGAGUCCUUCAUCUUCUCAUUUUUGACAUUGGCAAUGCCUCUUACUCUCUUGUCUCCAGUGUCAACGUUACCCCCCAAAUAUUUCCUAAUUCUAUUUCCUUCUGCUCUGUGACUCAGCAAUUGCUGUCCAUCCGGAUGGGUGAAAGCACUUUUUCUUGGGGUUUAAAGGAACAGGAUUGGGAAUCCUUCAAAGGUAACUGAUGAGAUGCCUUGAAAAGACUUCCUUCAUAAUGGGGGAGCCACAUGUGCAAAACAGUCCUCUUAUUUUCUGUGCUGUUUUGUUGGUGUGUCUAACUUGUUUCACUGCUGUUUUUGACACUGAUAGAAUCACAGACAUUGAGAUGACAGAAAAUGAGCUAAGGCAUAUUCCAUCCACAAGAGUCCUGCUGUCUGACCUCAUAAAGUCGCUCGUGUCCUUUCCCUUUAUGCUUAUCUUCUCAAAGAUCUUGGCUGUAUUCCCAUGAUGGAUAGAGAAAAUGGUUCUUGAUACUUGGUAAGUUCUACAUCAAUACUAGUCUUUGGUUUUGAAACUCUUCCAUUCAUUUCUAGUAUUUGUGUCUUAAGCAAGCAACUUCCCCCAUGAUCAAUUUAUCCUCUCCUUAAGAGUUCAUGAUGUAUCUUGUUUUGUCCUCUCAAUAUCCUUAUUCCUUAACUGAUCUUGUUUUACUGAUCAUUAUUGAAUCACUCUGAGAGAUUCAGGAUGACUGCAAUAAGAUCAAAUAGUCAGUCUAAACACUUCUUCCUAGAAAGGAGUAUGGCAUGGCAAAGAUUAGUUCCUCACAGUGGCCUCUAUGGGAGUCAGGGAGGAUGUGAGGACACUGCAGCCUGACUUACUGACUUCACUGGGAAAUGGGAGGAAGAGUCCUUGAGACCCAACCGGACAGCGUAGGCUUCUCCCUGCAAAGAUGCAUUAGCCAUGAUGCAUGGAUUCUGGAGUCUUAGUAAGAGCAGAAUCUUUCAUAUAUUCAGGCUCAGUGAGAGAGGAAAGGCACCAAAGAAAACUGAACCGUAGAUCCCUUCCUGUCAGCAUUAUAGUUGGAAGAGGGGAGGGAUGAUUGGCCAGACACAACCAACCCAUACGUUUGGAUAAGAAACAGCUCCUGUGGUCUUUGUUGCAACAAGUGCAUUCUUCCUGAGCUACUCUACAUCCUCUAUGCUUGCAGCAAAUGUGCCUAUCUUUUGAACCCUCAAAAAGGAACAAGUAGGCCUUGUCUACUUUUUUAUUCUUCUAGGAACACAAUUAGGGCUCCGAGCCAUCUGUCAUGCUGGGUGUUCCAGUUCCCUCACGGACUCCCUGCUGCACAGUGAAGUUUGCUGAAAUAGUGCCCGUACCCAGGAACUCAUCACCCGGCGAGGAAGUCCCUCUCUUUCAGCUGUCCUUGUCAUUAAAACAGAGCCUGUCUUUGGGCUGAUAGUCUCCUGGGUCCAUAAAACAAACCUACAAAACAUAAGAAAAUACUGGCUCCCCCCUUGUUUUUACUCCUAUUGUAUUUGUUUUGUUUUUCCGUGAUGUAUUACUUUUUAAAACUCCCAUUUUUAGGAGUAGGAGUAGAAAUGCUUUAAACCUUUAUAAGAACAGUCAGAAUGCUCUCCCACAACCACAUGUUCGACUGUGUGGAUUCUGCUGCUAAUGUGUUCUAUUCAGGAAACAAACCGGUUCUGACCAUGGUUGAUAGCUUUGUGCCCUCCCUCAGCAACUGUCCCAUGAACAGUUUGCUCCAUGUAUCUGGUCCACUGAUAAUGACCUUAAAAAUGUUGGCUAACAUCACUGUGUGAUCUCUAGCUUUCUUGCACAAGGAAAAAGUCAAAAGGAAAGUGCUGGUGAAAAUCUAUCGCUUCUGAUCAGUUCUUCAGCACACGAGCUUAACCAUCCUUAAGGAAAGGGAUUGUGUGCUGCUGUGUUUUAUGUAAACAUGUAAAAAUUCUCUCCCUGUUGCCCUGGGUUACAAUUUCAUCAGCUAUCAUUAGUCUUCGGAAGGACAGCAUUGUGUCUCUGCUACUCAGCUUUUAAACUUGAGAGCCUAUAGCAAGAGCCUGCUAUCCACCCCUGGGUGGAUUUCUGAGCUGUAAAAUAAUAAAAGUCCUGAGAGAGCUAACAAACUGCUUUCACACAUAGAACAGCCCUGGAAGAUAGUUAUUAAUAGCUCUGUCCUAGAAGAGAAAGCUGAGGUUCAGAAUCACUAAGUGACUUGCCAAAAGCAAUAUAGCUGGUAAGUGUGAGAUCUGGACAUUUACCCAGCCCUUGUCACACACUUCUCACAGGUUACCCAUGGAUAUUCACAGGGGCCACUUGGUUAUCUGUGGCCAGUGUACAUGUGUAUUACAGUGUUUCGGACCAUCGGGAAAUUGCACAUAUCUAUGUCAUCUUGUGCGUAGCCACGGGUCUUUGUGAUCAGCACUGUGAGGAAGCCUGUGACACAAAAGUCACUGAGAGAAGACAGCUGUGCAGAAGCACAUUGAUGCAAAGUUCCCCAGAAAGUGUUGGUUUACGUGAACAGUAAAGCUCUCUGGACCUGCCAGCUUUUAGAUAGCAACUGAAACUAUAUCAUUUAGAAUACAGUAGUGUGCUCAGGUGCCCAGAGGUUUAGGAAAGCCAGCCCGCCCUCUUUUCCUCCCUCCUUCCUUCCCACCCUCCUUUCUUCCUCCCUCCCUUGGGCUAUGACUUACACCCCACAGAGGCAAAAGCUGCUAUAGGUUAAAUCAAAAAGCAAACAAAAAAACAUAUUAGUCUCUCUGUCCGUUCACAUUUAUGGAGAGCCUACCAAAAUGCUGACCCAACAGGAAUUUCAGAUCCAAUAAACCCAUGGCCAAAAGGCCUUGAGAUGCCUAAAGAAGAGCUACUGAAUGGGUGGCCUUUCUGAAAUUUAGCAUUGACUGAUACAAAAGUGCUUCUUAGACUGUUACUUUUGUGGUUAAUGUACCCUCAUCACAAGGAGCUUAGCACUAUGUUCUUAACAACAACAAAAAUCCUACUUGGAGGACCCUAGGUACAUUUUGUAAGUCAUUCCGAAACACAGGUCAACAAAUGAGAACCCUGCUUUUGGCUGACUCCCUGAGAAGCUGUGUAUCCCGGCUUUUCUCUCUUUUCUACCUUCUGGUUGUCAACUACAAGUUGAAAAUCCAUCGAUUAAUGAAAAUAUCCUUUAUCCUCAUGACGUGACAUCUGUACUAAAUCUGGAAACCCUUUCAGAUGUCCUAAUUUGUAAGGCAGGCAUGUCUCUCCCCAGAGUUGCUGCUCCAUCAGGCCAUACCUUUUUCCUGAGAUUAGGAAGAGGCAAGUUAAACGACAAAUGGCCUCCCAGUCUUUCCAGUCUUUAGCAUCAUUGCCCCAGCGCUCACAGCCACAGGCCAGAAAGGUGCUUAUCUAUCUGAGAGGAGUGAUGUGUAUCAUGGCUGGUAGAAUGGGAAGCAUUUCCUCUGGCACAGAUGGGGUAGCCCACCCAAGCUAUAUACUAAUGAAGCCUUUUGAGCUCUUCUCAGAAUUAUGAGAUGAGUUACCUGAGGAGAGGCUUGCCUCUGUAGAGCUGUCCCAUCUCAUUAGACAAAAGGACAAUAAAGAGGUAAAUGUGUAAGGGUACUCCCUCCUGAAAAUAUUUUUCAGAUAUCUUCAGGAAUCAGCCACAAAUCCUGACUUACCUUCAUAUAAUGUAAAGAAAGGGAAAGGGGUGUGUGAAAAUUUCCCUUCUUCCACCCUAUACAAUAUAGUUCCAAAGAUUUAGAGAAAGCACAAUUGUGUUGUCUUUGAAACACAAACACACACACACACACACACACAGAGAGAGAGAGAGAGAGAGAGAGAGAGAGAGGAGAGAUCGAGAGAUGCAUACAUGCACAGACACACGGGUCUUCACCAAGAAAGCUGAUUCUCCAAAAAAGAAAUCUUAUUUUAAAACAUUUUACCUCUUCAGGCCAGGAAAUUAAUAAUCCCUAGACCUGACCCAUUUUCAUAGCUGCCAAAAAGGAAAAGAGAAAGCUACUUAAAUUUUGUGUGGAUCUUUUUAUCUCUUAGAAUAUGUCAAAGCAAUUUGAUGCAGGAGUAGAAAGUGAGGUGUUUAUCUCCCGUGCUCGAGUCUCUCUGUUUCUAUCAGGAAAGGGGUAAAGAAAAUGGUACCAGCAUUCUCGGGGCAUUGCAUUGCCAUUUCUACAGCAUCUGCUUUGCUUCAUAGUGAGGUGUAGGAGUUAAUAAUCGCUUUCAUAAAUCCACACCCUCCAUCCUGAAGCCUGCAUAUCUUUGCUUACCAAACUAUUCAGCUCCAUUUCUCACUCAGAAGAUAUAAAAUCGGCAGAACUGGUUUCUAUAUCUACAUCUUCUCUCAAUCUUUUUGCUUUCUUUCUUUUUUUUUUAAGGGAGCCUUGUGAGGCCAGGGGAUGGGGGGGGACAACCCAGUUCUCCUCAUCACUCUUUGCUCUUGGAUAGCCAUGAAGCUUAGCAAUUAGAGGACUAGAACUUGGCCAGGUUAUGAGGUUUCUGCCUAAUGUGUUCCAUUCCUUCAAACACAGACUAGGACCAAAGUGGUUUUCGUCGUUUAAAUAUCCACAAUGGGAAUGAUCUCAUUUUGCCUAGCACAUAGUAAGAAGAGAGCUGAUACUUGGGUGAUAUGUGCAUUAUAGUAAUCUUUUGUGUUCUUGUUGGUUUUUAGAAGUGUCAAAUACAUCACCAAAAAGACCCCAUUCACUCGGUGGCACACUGAGUUAGCCUGGACCCCCUCUUCUACCUCAAGUGAAAAGUCUGAACUGAGACGUGUCCCAGAUGAGAUGUAGACUCCAGAAACUGGUCUGAUCGUAAAUGUUUAGCAGUGAAGUAGUAGCAAAAUCAUUUUUCAAUGACUCGCCUUCACUGCCCAUUUGUCACUUGGGACACUUGAUGAGCAAAGAAAGUAUCCAGGACCUCUUUGCCCAUUAAUGAAAGGUAGAUAGUUCCCCUCCACAGAACUGAAUUGUGUCUUCACUCUUUCUCAGGAAAUAUGUCAAGGAGGAAAAUAGAUUUAAAAAAUGACACAUGACUGUCUGGUGGUUCUUGAGCACGAUUAAGAUUGCUGUGUGGAAUUGCGUGCCAUCCACAAAACCUUAAACUUAGAACCAAGUUUGUACAGCUGCAUGGAGCUCUGAGUUAACCUGAUUUGGUUUUGUUUAGUCUGAAUCUAUACCUUGAUCAUCACUUAAGGAUUGGGGGCUUUUCUUUCUCUACUGCUAAGUAUGGGAAUGGGAGGGGGCAACUAAUAGAUGAACUUUCUAAGUAGUAAGCCUGUGCCACAAAGUAGAUGGUAUUCAAAGGCACAGCCUAGGAAUAGCAAUUUUGCCCAAACUGUGCACAGGCUCUUAUUUCACGGCUUUGUCACAGGCUUUUCUCCUUCUGUGCCAUCACCUUUGAGAAAAAUGAUUACACCUUCUCCAAGUCUGCCUUUUUAACAGUUACAGUUGAGUUGGCAAGACUCUCCCAGCUCUGAAUAGAGCCGCUUGCCGACUCCGGCCUCUGAGAGACUGAUUCCAAUGUGCUCUUCUGUUCAGCACACACAUCAGCAAAGUGAGAAAGACGGGGGGCUAAAUAUAGGCUCUAUUAACUUUACUUUUAGAUGCACUGCCUUCCAAAAUGCCUAUUCUGAGAAACAGAAACGUUAUCCCUACAUAUGUAUGUACACACGGUACCCAGAGUCGUACUGUUCAGCCUUCAAAAACACCAUCAGAAGGAGUAGGUGCUGAGAUAGUGAAGCAUCGCCAAAUGGAAGCAAGUGGCUCGUUUACAAUCUCCCCUACCAUGGCUACCAUGAAAUGGGGCUGUAAGAGUGUCCCUGGAACCUCCUGCUGAUACUGCCACUUUGUAUUUCUAUGCCAGGAAUCAUGGCAAAGUGCUGAGGAACCUGUACUCCAUGGAAGUAAUAUGCUCAUGAACAUUCAGUCAAGGAAAAAAAAGGCAAUUAAUAUGUGUCAUGGGUGUGUUUAUAAACUAAGUACUGCUAAGUUUAGCAUGUCAGCAGGUUUCUUUUAUGUCUUAGGCUAACUUAGAGAAAACUAAAGAAAAGUCUUGGCUAUAGGGAAUGUAGACUCGGGGGGCCAAGUGUCCCUGCCAGAUCCUUGAAGCAUUUUUACUCCAGCUCCUAAGAAUACUAGCGCAUGCUAUUUGAGUGCUUUUGUUCCUGGAGCUCUGUCAGUGACAGGGAAACUCUAGAUGUUUGUGAUGAGGCAACAACAUAGCCAGGAAGGCUGAGUUUUCACCCAGUGUGGCAAUCGGAGAUGAGCCAGGUAAAUAUGCUGAGGUACAUACAGAUACUGUAUGAUUGGAGAAGGGUUGAAGGGAGGACAUGUUUCCAAAAAAGAUUGUUCUCAAUGUGUCGUCUGACUCAACCAGCUGGCAGAUUACACUUGCCAAGUCGUUUCCUUUCCUUCUAAGUCACUUGGCUCCACUUUCCUUUAAAUAUGCCUAUGAGCAAAGUAAGAUGUGUCCACUUAGCCUUUCUGAAAGGACGCAUAGUGAUGUCCUCUUGGUCACAAAGCUACUAUGAAAUGUCUCCUCUCCCACUCAGUUCUGCCAAAUGAAAGUAAAGGUGACAAACUGUGGAAGACACAUUUGAUGGCAUUGCAGUCAUCCGCCACUCUGCUUUCCAUAUAGGAGCCCAGCAACUCAGACCUGAGCUGAGGGAACAACAAGGCACUGAUGAGAGCUCCAGGACUAUAGCCACGCUUCUUUAAUAGCAUCAUGAUUGGAGCCAGGUUGAAUUUUUUAAAAAAGAGAGUUGGGCAGUACUUCUCCCCCAAAACAUUUCUCCUGUCGGCAAUCUUUUUAUCACUAUCAAUUUCAACACUAAUCAUUUUCUAAUUUUGACAUGAUCAAAUUUCAGUACUAAAAAAAAAAAAGAAUUCCAAAAUCUCUAUGUGAUGCCAUCAGGUCUUUGGAAGACAUGGCUUCUCUUCCUUGAGAACAAACAAAGGAAUUGCAACAGACACAAUAUAGCCUUGCUCUGAGUUUCAGUCCGGUGACUUGUGACCAUGAGAGAUAGCUUGAUAUGAAAACUAAGUCAUGUUUAAUGGGACGGGUCAAGGACAGGGGUGGAGAACUGCCAAGCUUUCUCUGUGCUUGGUGUAUCUGCUGGGAGCAGGCACUUCCUCCUAGCUAAUCACAACCACAGCCCACCAGUAGCACUGCAAGUCUCCGUACCAUUUUCAACUUAGGGAAAGUUACACAAAAGCAUAGAGAACAGGACUUUUCAUUUGUGUGAUACUGAUCGAGCCAUGGUAUUUCCAAGGUGUAAGCACAGUGCAUGGAUUCACUGCCUUAUAAACCAUCCCUGAUGUUUGCACAGCAGCUCACACUGUUCCUUAUGAAAAUCAGAACUUGUGUUAUAAGACCGUGAUUCGGAUGAUUUCUUUUGUAUUUACACAUUAUCCAAUUAUAUUAAAACAUGUUCUUAUUUACAUUCUAUCAGUUUUGAUUAUGUUUUCCCAGUGCUCUAUGAGAAUAAAUAUGAAAAUCACAUUGUUUUUUCUGUAAAAGAACUACUUUAUAUUUAGAUAUCCAAUAAACUUCUCAUUCCACUUA